AUGGAACUCCACGAGAGUAAUCGAGGACUCUGGGAUGAACUACGUCGCUUCCCCGCCCUUUCAUCCACACAAUCCGGUAUUAACUCAAAAAUGGUUGGCGACGUGUCCCCUCUUCCGGAUUUUGCUGGUCUUGAGGAUUUAGCGGGCCUGACACUUUGCCUUCGUGACGAAGAUCUCCAUGAAAGGCGCCUGUUCGGGCUGUUGGGUGUUCGAGCUCGCCCUUUGCAGACUUUCCCACUAGGGGAAGGCUGUCUUUGCGGGGAGAGAGAAGCUGAUUUGUUAGCGUUCAAGUAUCUCGACAUUUGGCGGCUUCUGCCACAUGAUAUUAUGAUGAAAGAACCACAGGUAUCGCCGCUCUUCUCUUCUUGUUUAAUGGGUCGUGAGGAUGAAGAAGGGGAGGAAGAAGAUGAUGAUGAGGAGGAGGAAGAAGAAGAAGAAGAAGAGGAGGAAGAGGAGGAAGAAGAUGAGGAGGAGGAAGAAGAGGAUGAGGAUGAUGAAGAUGUCAAUAAGGGUAAUUUGUUUAGAGACGACGGUGUACAGUGA